AUGGUAGAAUUAGAAAUUCUUGCCACAUCAACGGUUCCAGAUCUUUUUAGUGAUUGUCCAGAUGAAUAUACGGCAAGAGAUAUCAAGUAUAUCAACUGUUCAAUUCCUGUGGGACAAUCACCAUGUGUAAUGCUAAAGGAGCUUCAUGAUGCAAAAAAUUUUCGAAAAUACUUCUUGGCGACUAUACCGUUGGUGCUUUCAGCUUUUGCUGUUGUCUUCAAUAUUUUAUUUGGUCUCCUGACGAUCGUCUUUUGGCGACGAAACAAACUUAGCUCAAAACAGCGGUAUACAUUCCUACAGAAUCGAACACUGAGUACAAUAAUUGCAUUGAUACUGUUUUAUAUUGUUUUAAUUGCUUGGAAAGCUGGUGGCUUCCAAUAUACAUCGGCAACAAUUUUUAUUUUAGUUGCUUCUCUCACAUUUUUAACACAUUCAGGUACAUACCUCGGAAUGACAACUGUCCUGUACAUGGCAAUUGUCCAUCCAAUGUCACAUCGUUAUUUGGUUACAUUUACUCGUUGCUUUAUUGCAGUUUGUAUUAUUUGGCUAAUUUCUGUUGCAUUCUCGCUUUGUAUCGGUCUUCUGGGCGCAACACUAUUUUAUCCAGAAACAGCACCAAUCCGAUGCGAAUUUUCUCGGUGUCAAAGACCAUUUGCGAUUGCUGUUGUUUGCCUAUUGUCAGCCUUCUUUAUAAUUGUUAUUGCAUUUUAUGUCAUUAUGCUUUACCGGAUGCAUAAACGACAGUAUAGAAUGCAAAGAAGCAACACUGACCGUUCAUCGAAUAACGUACGGACGAUGAACCGACUGGCAAUCAACUUGGUCACCUUUGCCGUGGCAUCGCUACCAAUUUUAAUUGUCGCAAUUAUCGCUACAGCUAAUUUAGAGUCGCUUGCCUCACUAGGCCUUGGCACGAAAUCACCGUGUAAAACUUUUAAAAACGGCCAUCUUUUUUGGGAAGUUGAAGUACUCGCUUCAAUCGCAGCAACAGUAUGGGUAAUGACGAUGAUAUUAGACCCCCUGAUUAACAUAUACGUUGACCGACAGUUCAGGAAAGCGUCAGUUGAAAUUUGGCACCGCUGCAUUUCAAGGCUGCAACGUCGAGUAUACGACAUAAAAGACCACGCCUCCACCAGCAACAGCUGA